AUGGAUAUUAAUAACGCAAAAUAUUUUAUAAGUUUCCAAGCCAAAUGUAAGGAUUGCGAUGAAGUUUUAUUUGGAUGGUGCUAUAAAAAACCUGAAAAUCUUGAACCAUUGGAAGUACAUAUUUUAACAAAAGAUACUCGAGGGGCUAAGCAAAAUUAUACCGACAAUUUACUUAAAAUUCCUCAAAAAAAUGUUUUGGAAUCGUUAGUCGAAUUAAAACAUACAUCGUUGGCUGGAAACAUUCACAAUAUAGGAUGUGAUCCUUUAUGUGUACAUUACUGGACCAAUCAUCAAUUACUAAUAUACAGGGACUUACAUAAGGAAUAUUGUAGACUAUCUGUUGAUGCUACCGGAAGUCUAGUCAAAAAAUUAAAACGUACAAGCUUAAACCUUAUAUCUGGAGAUAUAUUUUUGUAUGAAGCGGUUGUUAGUCAAGGGUUUGGACAUUUUCCUGUGAGUCAGAUGAUAUCAGAAAGGCAUGACACAAUUACAAUAUCUUUUUGGCUAGAUUUGUGGAUCAAAUCUGGAGCAAAUCCACCAAACGAGGCAGUUUCAGAUUGUUCAAAAGCUCUUCUCGGAGCCAUGUGCAGAUCAUUUUGUUCAUGUGAUCUUAGGACUUACGUAAAAAAUUGUUUUUCAAAUCUGAACGGUUCAACCUGUGAUAUACCACCGUGUUUCAUUAGAAUAGACGUUUCUCAUAUGAUUAAACUGUUUUGCCGUUUAAAAAUACUUAAUGAAAUUAGAAACAAACGAUUAAAAGAAUUUUAUGUACGCGGAUUUCGAUUGUUAUUAACUUCAACAACGUUAGAAAUGUUCAAACAAAUAUUGAAAUCAUUAAUGACAGUUAUUUUAAGUUACACAGAUGGUUAUCUAGAUGACAAUAAUACGAAACCAAAUUCUUCAGAAAGUAGUAGAAUAUUUUUAUUGUCAUUAAUAGACUCUACAUCAUACAACGAAAAUAACUCUGAGGAAUUGGAAAUCCACCAUUUAGAAAAUGCAAGUGAGGAGUUAGAUGAAAAUCCAAUAACAAUCUAUGAGCAAGACGAAGUUAAGAUUUUCAUUGAUGAAGUAGAAAAUGAAAGUAAUAUUGAUGCAUUAAUUGAAGGCAAUAGGGAAUCAGCAUACUACUUACCAGGAUUAAUAAAAGAUUUGAAACGUUAUUGCUAUGAUUUUCCUCUAUGGACUUGA